UUCACCGUCGCGAUGGCAGAGCCUUCGCAGAUGGUUGACUUAAUCGUAAUCAAACAGUUUAUCUAAGUAAACAGACGUUAAUGGUUGCUCGGGUGUGCGCGCGUUCCUGCAACGGCUUCCAAGUUUACUUGGCGCGCUUUUUCUGCGACGAUUUGUGUUAAUAACUCAUGUACGCGUGAAAGUGGUUAAGUUUUGCCGCUAACGAAUUUUAAUACUAUGGGAUUCAAGGAUAGCAAAAUGAGUGAUUUAAAUUUCCUCCCGAAGAAGCACACGAACUUUACGAUAGAGAACAUUCUGUUAGGAAAUAACGAAAACAAUCAGAGAGCCAACGAAUUAGAACAAAAAGUGAAUCUAACUGCGAAAACAUGCGUUAAACACGAGCAAGAUGAGGCCAGAGCAUCUCCAGCUGCAUUGUCCCCGUCGCUUCCGUCGGCAGUACUAUCGACACCAUCGUCAUCGUCUAAUAAUCGUCCCCUUAAUCGUGUUCUAGCCAACCCUUGGUGCUCGCGGGGACCGUUAAUGUUUGACCCGAAGAUAGUGGUCGGUGCUAAACCAACGGCGACCAUCGAGCCGACUGCAGCCUUAAUGGAAACGUCAUCGCCUGCGUCGUCUUCCAGUAGCGGCCCACUGAUACCGUUGAUAAAAGCGGAAGUGGAGAGAAAAGUGGUGCUAAGCGCGUAUGCUAAUAAUGGUGUAAUUGAACGAAACAGAUUAUCUAUCAAUUAUCCCUAUCCGGUUGGAUUUUUCAAUGCGGCCUAUGCUGCUGCGGCGGCGUCGUCGAUAGCAACUCAUCAUCACCUUCAGCAACAGCAUCAACAGUCGCAGUCGGUGUCCCUUCAAAAUGUUACAAUCCCUUCGGUGUCGGUACUAAACAGUUUAUACGGAAUCGAGAAAAGCGACGAAAAUCAGAACAGCAUCUUUAGUGCGAUGAGCAGUGCCACGGGUGGCGCCGGGGUUGAUAAUGGUGAAGUGCAUCCUUUCUUUGGUCUAGAUGCUAGUGAUAUGUUAGAAUACAGCUUAGCAUCGAAAGUGGCCACGGCUGUGAGACCAAUCACCCUCGGAUUCACGGAAUACUCUUUUCGGUGCACAAUUUGUGAAAAAAUAUUUGGCAGCCGAGAUACACUAUUGUUACACGAGAAAACACAUAAGACGCCCCGCUUUGAGUGCGAAGAAUGCGGAAAAGGGUUUUCCCAGUUGCGGAACUAUAAGUAUCACAUUUCUGUCCACCGCGGUACGAAAGAGUUUGCUGCCAAAUGCCCGGAGUGCGGGAAAGUUUUCAACGACAAAGGUUAUCUCAGCAGUCAUCUGAAAAUCCAUCGAAACAAAAAGGAGUACGCGUGCCCGCACUGUCCAAAAUCAUUCAACCAGCGGGUGGCGUUCAACAUGCAUGUUCGGAUUCAUACUGGUGUUAAACCACACAAAUGCAGUGAAUGCGGUAAGAGAUUUUCACGAAAAAUGCUUUUAAAGCAGCACUUGCGUACCCACUCUGGAGAGAAACCGUAUCAGUGCUCUGUAUGCGGUAAAAGUUUCGCUGAUCGAAGCAACAUGACCCUGCACCAUAGGCUACACUCGGGAAUUAAACCUUUCGCAUGUCCAAUAUGUCCGAAAGCAUUUACCAAAAAGCAUCAUCUGAAGACACAUCUCAACUAUCACACCGGGUACAAGCCGUAUAAAUGUCCGCAUCCUAACUGUGGCCAAACUUUCACGCAAUCCAGUAAUAUGCGAACACAUGCCAAAAAAUGCCAAUUCAAGCCUGUUGAAGCGGUGUGAGGGAUGGACUGCUAAAUGUACAUAAUUUAGGGAAAAAAAUUUUAUUCGUUUGUUUGUAACUAAAGCUUUUUCCGAGCUUAUUCACUUCUAGAAUUUUUAAACUCAUUCCAAAGGGACCGGACAAUAAAGUCUAGCAUGAAUUAUCAUAGUGUUAUUUUAUUUUACUGAAAACAUAUUUAUUGUUUUUGUGUUUAAGUAGAUGUAAUCUUCCCGAUACUUGAAAGGACUUUUCUCUUUUAAAUACAUUUUUUCAUGUGUCUUUAUAGAAUAAAAUGAAAAUUGAAAUGUAAGACAAUAUAUUUUCCCAAACAUUCACGUCCAAAACAUUCGUUCUCGAAUAAAACUAUAGUCUCCUUAGCGCAUACAAUACUUUACUAAAUGUAAAUUACACAGAUUAAGUAUGACAUGAAAGAUUUUCGUAAUUUCCAACGAUGCGCUCCGUGCGCAAUCGGAAGUUUUACUUCUUUUUCCGAUCCUGUGAGCACUUCGGACAGAACCACUUACCUUUCGGCUUGGUUGUAAGUCCAACACACGCAAAGUGGAACCAUUCGAUGGGGCACUGCGGGAUAAAAAUCAUACACAUUAUAAACAAAAUCAAAAUUUGUAGCGACUUGGAAAAGGCUUACAUCCGGGUUAUCGCAACCAAUCAUUUCUCCGUAUGACACCUGAUGACAUAAACAGUAGGUAGGUUCAUUUGGAUCGACAGGCAUGUCUAGUACAUCACUCGGAUGAGGCGUCACAUGACCGCCAUCCUGCGCACUGUCAUCCAGCUCAGCAUUCUUCUGUGGGUUGAGAUCAAGAAAACCUAAAUGUUGAAUACGUACUGCCGGAAAUGCUAAUGUUUAUAAUGUUAAUACUACAUGACAUAUGCAACGAAUGAUAAUGUAGAAGACUGCUCUACUAGACCUCUGCUAGUAAGUGUAAGAUAAGAAACACAGUAAAGUGAAGGUUUUAAUUGAAUACAUAUUUCAAAUCCGCAUUGUGAACGUACGCUUAUUAAUGAAUGAUAAUGAGCUUAUUUUCAGAAGGGAAAAGUACAACAGAUAGAUAGAUUGAAUGAAUAAUUAUGAGAUUGAAAGGAUAAUGAUGUGCAAUGCGCCCCUGAUGAGAUGAUGUAUACGAAAAGAAUAGGAUACUAUUAAGAUUGUCUAUUAGUUUCCUGAGUAAUAUUACGAUUAUUUCGCAAUAAUACCUAACAGUUUGACAAGCGUCCGUAAAACGUCUAUAUUAUACUUCUAUGAUUAAACUUACGCAAAUAAAUUAUAUACAAAGCAAAUCUUGAACAUUCGAUAUUAACAUAAAAAAAUGCAU